AUGCCUCAAAUACCUUGGCCAUUCUCAGGAACUGACAAGAACGCGCCAAAGGGAGAGUACGAACGACUCGUUUUGAGGAUCAAAGAACAAUGGAAUACUUUACCACCUGAGGCGGCAGGUGGAAUGGCAAUAGCACUCGGUGUUGGGGCGACGCUAAUCUCAAGACGCAUAUACACGCGUUACGGACGCAGGAUUCGCAGCGCUGAGUGGCUCACCCCAAGACUUUUUGAGAAACGACGCUGGAUAAAGGGAGUGGUGACCAAUGUUAGGGAUGGAGACAACUUCAGGCUGUUCCAUACGCCUACGUUAGGAGGUUAUACCUGGCCGUUCAAUUUUCGGGAGAUACCCACGGGAAAAGACCUUAGGGAGGAUACUCUGCAUAUCCGAAUAGCCGGUGUAGAUGCUCCAGAGGCAUCACACUGGGGAAAACCUGCACAACCCUACUCGGCUGAGACCUUGCAGUGGCUUCAAGACCGCAUCCUCGGGAAGAAAGUUUAUUGUCAACUCUUACGUGCAGAUCAAUACUCGCGCGUCGUCUGCCAUGUCCAUCUUCCGCCACGCAUCCUCCCUGGAUUUCUUUUCCUUGGGAAGAAUCUAGCGGAAGAAAUGCUGAAAGCCGGGUGUGCCGUAACGUACGAACAGGCUGGUGCUGAGUACGGAGAAUCAGGAAAGGAUGGAUAUAUGCGGCUCCAACUUGAGGCCAAGCGUGCAUGUCGAGGCAUGUGGAAGAGUGGCAAGGUCGAUGAGACCCCAGCCGAAUAUAAACGUCGACACGCUCUGGCAGCCGCCUCAGCGACGCCACCUGGCGGAGAAGCCGCUGCGGUGAAAGGCAAGACCAGGAAGAGCUUGUGGAAGAGGCUUUUCUUUCGCUGA